GGCCUACAUACAAAUAACUCACCUUUCUCCUGUUUUUCGCUAAUUUCCAGAAUUUUAAUUCCCCCCUUCCCUUUUUCGCCGACACACUCUUACUCCAUUUUCCCUCCCCCUUCAUUUCUCUCUCUUCAUUACUCUUCAAUAAGCUUCGAAUCUCUCUCUCUCUAUAGCUGUCACUUUCUUUUAUGGCGAUGUUUCUUCCCAAUCUCCACCGAUCUCUCUUUCAACUACUAUUGCUACUCCUUCUCCCAUCACCCUUUUCCUUAUUCUUCUUCUCUUUGCUUUCUCUGCUUCUUUCUUGCUUCUGCAUGCUCUAAAACCCAUUGAUAACUAGUUAACAGAGCACCCCUCGAAUGUUUUUGGUGUUUUAAUGGCGCUUUGGGACUUCCUUUUGCUGUUUUUCUCCUUGAUCUUUGGUUGUAUUCCAUUUGCUCGUGCUCUUACUGAUGCUUCUGAUGUUCAAGCUUUGCAAGUUAUAUACACCUCAUUGAACAGUCCUCCUCAGCUGACUGGUUGGAUUGGUAGUGGAGGCGAUCCAUGUGUAGAGUCAUGGAAAGGGGUGACUUGUGAAGGAUCUGCUGUUGUCUCCAUUGAGAUUUCUGGGUUAGGGCUGAAUGGAACGAUGGGUUAUGCGCUCUCAAGUUUUUUGUCAUUGAAAAAGCUUGAUAUGAGCGACAACAAUAUUCAUGACACUAUUCCUUACCAAUUGCCGCCAAACCUCACGAGCCUAAAUAUGGCAAAAAACAGCUUAAGUGGUAAUCUUCCUUAUUCUUUUUCCACCAUGGCUUCUCUCAAUUAUUUGAAUAUGAGCCAUAAUUUGCUAUCUCAGGCGAUAGGAGACGUUUUCACCAAUCUUACUACCCUGGGGACCUUGGACCUUUCUUUCAACAACUUUACUGGGGAUCUUCCCAAGUCUUUGGGAACUUUAUCCAAUGUUUCUUCCCUCUUUUUGCAGAACAAUCAAUUGACUGGCUCUCUCAAUAUUCUAAUUGAUUUGCCUCUGACCACUCUAAAUGUAGCAAAUAAUAAUUUCAGUGGAUGGAUACCUCAAGAACUGAAGUCGGUUGAAAAUUUCAUGUAUGAUGGAAAUUCAUUUGACAAUAGUCCUGCACCUCCUCCACCGCCUUUUACUCCACCUCCUCCUGGUAGAUCUCGUAACAGCCCCAAACAUCCUGGGUCUAGCGGUGGCACCCAUACUGCACCAAGUUCUGAUGAGAGAUCAUCCCACUCGAACAAAGGCUUGCCAGUUUUAGCUAUAGUGGGGAUAGUUUUGGGUGCUAUAAUUUUUGUCCUCAUUGUGUUAGUUGCUUUUGCUGUCUGCAUCCAGAAGAGAAAACGGAAGAACAUUGGUCUAAGAGCUUCCAGUGGAAGGCUGUCUGUUGGCACUAGUGUGAAUGCUGAGGUGCAAGAGCAUCGGGUGAAAAGUGUUGCUGCUGUUGCCGAUAUUAAGCCUCUUCCUGCAGAGAAAAUGAAUCCUGAGAGAUUACAAGCAAAAAAUGGAUCAGUGAAAAGAAUAAAGUCCCCUAUUACUGCUACUUCUUACACCGUUGCUUCUCUUCAAAGUGCAACAAAUAGUUUUAGCCAAGAAUGCAUAGUUGGUGAAGGUUCUCUUGGCCGUGUUUACAAAGCAGAGUUUCCUAACGGGAAGAUAAUGGCAAUUAAGAAAAUCGAUAAUUCAGCACUGUCACUACAGGAAGAAGACAAUUUUCUUGAAGCGGUUUCAAACAUGUCAAGAUUGAGGCAUACAAACAUUGUCACACUAAAUGGUUAUUGUGCGGAACAUGGCCAGCGUCUUCUAGUUUACGAGUUCAUUGGAAGUGGGAGUUUGCAUGACAUGCUCCAUUUUGCUGAAGAAAGUAGUAAAACACUGACUUGGAAUGCACGUGUCCGGGUAGCACUUGGAACUGCUAGAGCUUUAGAAUACUUGCAUGAGGUUUGCUUGCCUUCUGUUGUACAUAGAAACUUGAAGACUGCAAACAUAUUACUUGAUGAAGAUCUCAACCCCCAUUUGUCAGAUUGUGGUUUGGCUGCUUUAACACCCAACACAGAGCGGCAGAUUUCUACUCAGAUGGUUGGUUCGUUUGGCUAUAGUGCUCCGGAAUUUGCCUUGUCAGGAAUAUAUACCGUCAAGAGUGACGUGUACAGCUUUGGGGUGGUAAUGUUGGAGCUCUUGACUGGCCGAAAGCCGCUUGACAGUUCCAGGGUGAGAUCAGAGCAGUCACUUGUGAGAUGGGCUACUCCCCAACUUCAUGAUAUCGAUGCCUUAGCAAAAAUGGUAGAUCCUACAUUGAAUGGAAUGUACCCUGCAAAAUCUCUGUCGCGCUUUGCGGACAUCAUUGCUCUCUGUGUACAGCCUGAGCCUGAAUUUCGACCUCCCAUGUCUGAAGUAGUACAAGCAUUGGUGCGUUUAGUGCAAAGAGCGAGUGUGGUAAAAAGGCAUUCGAGCGACGAAUCGGGUUUCAGUUACAAAACGCCUGAGCAUGAUACAGUUGAGUUGCCAUUUUGAGGUUGCCAGCCAAAUUCAACUGUAGAGAGCUUGGAAUUUUGACUAAAAACACCUAGGAGAGCCAGACACAAUCUCUUCAGGGAUAUGAGACAGCUCUCAGUCAGGUGAAAAAAACCAAGCCAACUUGUAUCUAUAUCUUUGAUAAUGCAAGAUAUUGUAAUUAAAAUAUUUAAUUCUUGUUGCAAGUUUUAUAACUUAUGGCCAUACUAGAAGAGUGUAUAGCAGGGAAAUGAUUUCUAUAUAGAAGCUUCCGUCUUUCCUUCAAUAAUUUGAUGUGAAGUGGAGACCCCCUUAUUAUUA